AUGGAUUCUAUGAGCCCCGAUUUCCUCGCUCAGUGCAUUGCCCUCUACAAGGAGAGGGAGAGGGAGAAGGAGAAGGAGAAGGCUGUGCCCACUUGGGGCGAACUCUCGAGCCUCGCCCUUAGCGACUCCAUCACCGACAAACUAGGUUCUCCUCACAGCACCACUGCUUCUUUUCACCUCCCUGUCUCCUAUCUGGAGGCCAAGUACUACUAUUACAGGCUGUACUCCAAGCCAGUCCUCAUGGCUCGCACGGGCUAUUGGACUUGGAUAUUUGCCAGUAUUUACUCCGACCCGAUAUGUCUUACCACUUUCCGAGACUCCGAUAGUAAGCGAAAUCUUCAGGGCACCGAUACUUGGGAGCCACCCACCGACCCUGAGGCAUACCUCCCUUGCAAGGAGCUUAGGCCCAUCAGCAGCAACCACCCCCUGAACGCGGUCUGGGACAACCUCGCUCCUCGGAUCCUCAACAUCCUCGAUUCCAAGGGGGUAAAGUGGACAAGCAUGGACAUUGUUCGCAUCAGUUUCACCGGAGAGUACGUCGCCCCCAUCGUUGUCUGGAUCGGCAUCAAGCCUGGCACCCUCUCCGGUGAAGAUGGUCUCGCCGCUGUCAAGGAGUGCAAGCAGGUUCUCAUGGCAAACGAGAUCCUCGACGUCGAAGUCGAGAUCCACGAGUCGGUCCGCUGGCCAUGA